AUGCCCACAAUGGCAGACCCCGUUAUCGAUGGCUCGGAGCGUUUACAAGAUGCAAUCGACCGCUUAUCAACUAGAAGGCUGGCACGCCUGUGUCAAAAUCUUUGCGCCAAAAAUCCAUCCGCGAGAACAUUUUUCGAGGCCCAUCUUUUCGUGGAAGAAGACAAAGUUCCUGGUCCAAAGCUUCCCGAGCCAGAGAAUCUACGGCCAUUUGGUCACAAACCCGGCCCUGAAGAUGAAAACGAUGACGAUGACGAAGAGAGUUACGAGGACGACGGAAAUGAUGGAGAUGACAAGGAGAACGAGAAAUCAGUCGCAAGUGAACCUGCCCGCAAACCAAAGAGCCUGAAAAGAAUCAGACCGCGCUUUGCUGUCUGCACAAACUGCAAAGAAGAAUUCGACGUCGCGGAAAAUACGCAGGAAAGCUGUAACUAUCAUUCCGGCAAAUCUUAUCCGGAUCAAGAUUUCUUUGCCGAUCACGACGAAGAUUGUCACGGAAUCAUCGAUACGGACGAAAUGCGGGAAGAGUACCCAGAUGGCUUUACCUACGCAUGCUGUGACCGCAAUGGCGAGGAAGUGCCCUCAAUGGCAGAUACCGUCGACGCGACCCAACUCAGCCAUGCAAUCGGCCGCUUAUCAUGGGCAAAGCUAGUACAAAUGACUAGAUUACUCUGCGAGAAAAAUGAUGCCGUCAGAGAUUUCUACAAGGAAAGGCUUUUCGUGAAUGAACAGGACGUGCCCCAGCCGAGUACACCUCGCUCGCCCGACCGGUCGCCUAGUCCCAGUGAAACAAGCGAUGAUGAAAAUGAGGCUACGCCUCCCCCUGCCCCAGCCCCGAAACCCCAAACUACAGGGCCUAAAAGGUCUCGGCCACGCUUUGCUAUUUGUAUAAACUGCAAGACUGAGUUUGAUGUUAUGACGAAUGCUCCGAAAAGUUGUCAAUAUCAUUGGGGCGAAGCCGAAGUGGAUGAGGAGGCGUUUGCUGACCAUGAUGAGUUUACCCACGGACCUAUGGAUACGGAGGAUAACCGAGAGGCCUAUCCCGAUAAAUUCGUCUACAAUUGCUGUGACCGCACGAGCGACGAGGAAGGCUGUACUACGGAUUGGCAUAGGGAGACAGACGACCUGAUGAACAAGAGGUUCAAGAUGAUGACAGGGGGUCUUUAA